AUGAAGCUGAUAGAGCGAAUUUGCCAUCUCGAUUUCCGCUGGCAUCGACACCUGCGCGGUUGGAAUACGAUCGAAGAGCACCUGCCGCUUGAGUCGCCAAAUGCAAAUAAAUCAGUCGAAGAUCAUCAGGCUCAAAACGCCGCCUUCCACGCGAGCACUCACGAUAGGCGCCAAAAACCCAACACUAGCAACAGCCCGACAGCAAAUCAGCUGCUUCGCAUCUGUAUAACUCCCAGCUACAUCUCGAUCCGCAACCAACAGGCGCUCGCCAGUUCACCGCCAGCGAGAGGUCGCAUUUAUCGCCAGAGCACACAAAUUACAUUCACGCACAGUCAGCAUUUCGCCACUUGGCGCAUUGACUGGUGGCACCGCCUGAGUCAUGCCGAAUGUCCGCUGAUCCUGAACUGGCCAACGCCUGGCGCACCGAAGAUGUCCUCUUUC